AUGAUGGGUUUGAUUCGUCCACAUCAAUCAUUUGGUGCACCAACCACCACUACAAUCAGACUAUACUGUUCAGUGGCUCCCACUGUACCACAUGACCAGAAGAUCAUUGUUGUCACCUCUGGCAAGGGUGGCACGGGCAAGACAACAAGCAGCAGUUCAUUCUCAUAUGGUCUGGCAGAGAAAGGCUUCAAGACAUGUGUUAUUGACUUUGAUAUUGGUCUUAGAAACUUGGACAUUCACUUUGGAAUGGAGCGUAGAGUAGUCUUUGACUUUAUCAAUGUGUUGAAUGGCGAUUGCACACUGAGACAGGCUUUGAUCAAGGAUAGGAAGAACCCCAACUUGUACUUGCUUGCCGCAUCGCAGACAAAGGACAAGACUGCACUCAAGAUGGAGGCGGUCGAGAAGGUGUUGGACGAGCUGCGCGAGAGCUUCGACUACAUUGUGUGCGACUCACCUGCUGGCAUUGAGAGUGGCGCCCACCACGCCAUGUACUGGUCGGAUCAGGCCAUCAUCUGCACCAACCCCGAGCUGUCAUCUGUGCGCGACUCUGACAAGAUGUUGGGCAUCCUGGCAAGCAAGUCGAAGCGUGCGCUCGAGGGCAAGGACCCAAUCAAGCUUAACCUGCUCAUCACAAGAUACUCGCCAGAGCGUGCUGAGAGUGGCGGCAUGCUGUCCGUCAAAGAUAUACAGGAGAACCUUGGCAUCAAGCUGAUUGGCGUCGUGCCAGAGUCCCAAGAUAUCCUGACGUGCACCAACCUUGGUCGUCCCGUCAUCACACUGGACAAGGCAUCGGAUCCCGCUGAGGCCUAUCGCGAUGUUGUCGAGAGAUUCCUCGGUGAUCCCAAACCAUUCAGAUUCAUUGAGCCCAAGCCCACUGGUCUCUUCUCCAAAAUGUCAAAGCUCUUUGGUUAA